AUGUCCUCUCAGCAGAAGAUCGCCAUCGUCUCCGUCUACGACAAGACUGGUCUCUUGGACCUGGCCAAGGGUCUUGUCCAGCAGAAUGUUCGCAUUCUCGCCUCUGGAGGUACCUCCAAGAUGAUCCGAGAGUCGGGCUUCCCUGUCGAGGACGUUUCUGCCAUCACCAAGGCCCCUGAGAUGCUUGCUGGUCGCGUCAAGACUCUGCACCCUGCCGUCCACGCUGGUAUCCUGGCCCGAGAUCUCGCCUCUGACGAGAAGGACCUCGCCGAUCAGAACAUCAACAAGGUUGACUACGUCAUCUGCAACCUGUACCCCUUCAAGGACACUGUCGCCAAGAUCAACGUCAGCAUCCCCGAGGCUGUUGAGGAAAUCGACAUUGGUGGUGUUACUCUUAUCCGUGCUGCCGCCAAGAACCACAAGCGAGUUACCAUCCUCAGCGACCCUAACGACUACGCUGGUUUCCUCAAGGAGCUCGAGAAGGGCGAGAUCACCGAGGGCAGCCGCAACCGAUACGCCCUCAAGGCCUUCGAGCACACUGCCGAUUACGAUGCCGCCAUCUCCCAGUUCUUCCGCAAGGAGUACGCUGGCAACGGCGACCAGUACAGCGCUCUCCGAUACGGCGCCAACCCCCACCAGAAGCCCGCUGCCGCCUACGUCUCCGAGGGCAACCUCCCCUUCAAGACCCUUUGCGGUUCUCCCGGUUACAUCAACCUCCUCGAUGCCUUGAACGCCUGGCCCCUUGUCAAGGAGCUUCAGAAGGCCCUCGGCAAGCCCGCCGCCGCCAGCUUCAAGCACGUCUCUCCUGCUGGUGCUGCCAUCGGUCUCCCUCUCACCGAGGAGGAGAAGAAGGUCUACUUUGUCCACGACAUUGAGGGCAUUGACGAGUCUAGCCUUGCCCAGGCCUAUGCUCGUGCCCGUGGUGCCGAUCGCAUGAGCAGCUUCGGUGACAUGAUUGCACUUAGCGACGUUGUCGAUGUUCCUACCGCUCGCAUCAUCUCCAAGGAGGUCUCUGACGGUGUCAUUGCCCCUGGUUACGAGGAUGCUGCUCUUGAGAUCCUCAAAAAGAAGAAGGGUGGCCGAUACCUCGUCCUCCAGAUCGACCCCGAGUACAACCCCCCUGCUACCGAGACCCGUACCGUCUACGGUAUCAACCUCCAGCAGCACCGCAACGAUGUUGAGAUCACUCCCAAGCACUUCAGCACCAUCAUCACCCCCAAGGACACUGCCUCUCUCCCCGAGAGCGCUGCCCGCGAUCUUACCAUCGCUACCAUCACUCUCAAGUACACUCAGAGCAACUCUGUUUGCUACGCCUACAACGGACAGGUCGUUGGUCUCGGUGCUGGACAGCAGUCCCGAAUUCACUGCACCCGACUUGCCGGCGACAAGGCCGACAACUGGUGGAUGCGCUUCCACGAGCGCGUUCUCGGCAUCAAGUGGAAGAAGGGCACCAAGCGCCCCGACAAGAGCAACGCCAUCGACCUUCUCGUCAGCGGUCAGCUCCCUAAGGACGGCCCUGAGCGUGAGGCUUUCGAGGGUGUCUUCGAGGAGGUCCCCGCUGCCUUCACUGCUGAGGAGCGUGAGGCUUGGAUGAAGCAGCUCAAGGACGUCUGCGUCUCCAGUGAUGCUUUCUUCCCCUUCAUUGACAAUGUCUUCCGCGUUGCUCAAUCAGGAGCCAAGUACGUUGCUGCUCCCGGCGGCAGCCAGAACGAUGCCGCCGUCUUCGACACCGCCGAGAAGCUGGGCAUUACCUUUGUUGAACAGAACAUUCGUCUGUUCCACCACUAA